CUAUCUAACACUAGGUAGCUUUCCUGCAUUGUUAAACUUAUCUGCCACUAAGGCUACUUACAUUUUUGCUUUGUUCAUUGCGGAUACGGAGUAUAUAAACUAGCUUCUUUGAACAACGUUUUUUCUUUGCAAUAUGGAGUUCGUGAAUGAAGAUAAUUUAAAAAUGUUCUUUUACAAGAACAGACUGGCCACUUAUUCGGGUUGGCCGUUUCAUGAAGAUUGUGCCUGCACGUCCGAAAAUAUGGCCAAAGCUGGUUUUAUCCAUGUUCCCACUGAGAACAGUCCAGAUGUGGCCCAGUGCUUUUUCUGCUACAAAGAACUGGAGGGCUGGGAGCCUCAAGAUGAUCCCGUGAAGGAGCACAAGGCUCACUCUUCAACUUGUCAUUUCAUUCUGCUCAAGAAAGCCGUGGAAGAUCUCACAGUUGAAGAGAUUCUCCGACUACAGAAGGAGAGGCAGAAAUUUCACCUUAAAAAGGUUUGCAACCAGACCAUUGAAAGAUUUGAAGAAGCUUCCAGGUCCCGAAGAGGAGUUUUCUUCGAGAUCGGCGAGUUCGCACGUCACCGUAGAGCACUGUGGCUAAUGGGGUUGAGAUCCAUGUGUCGGUUCUAAUAAGAAAGCUAUUAAAAGCACAGUGGUCUCGAAGUACUAGUCUGUUUACCUGGAUUGCAGUGCACAACACUACACGUAAGGCAUUGUGACUCAUCACAUUUUUGUUUUUGCUCCAGACUUGGUAUUUUUGCAUUUCCACGUGGUGGUGUUUUUUCCCCCUUUUAUGGUUGCUGUAGCAGUAGGUGCUGCUGUUUCUGAGGUGAGGUAUUUUACUGGAGAUGCUUUUAGAGGGAUUCACUGUGAUCUCGUGCUAGCACUUAAGCAGAUGUGCACCGUGUUCGACUUUUCCAGAUCUUGGGAUUAGUGUUUAGCUCAGUGCACAAAUGUGUUUCUUCUUGUUAUGUCUGAUGUUAAUGGGUUUUUGUCACUUAUUUCUGCAAUAAACCUUUAAGCAUGA